AUGAGCAACGUGGACGGCGCCGAGCCUUUGGGCGUGCCCCGCGCUCACGGUUUCGUGCCCCGCCACGCCCGCGAUGCCGCCUUCACCGACGGCAGACUCACCUUCACCACGCAAAGCGGCAGUGAGUCCGCUCGCCCGGAGGAGAUAGUCUUCAUCAUUCCCGCGAGAAGCGAUCCGGGCUCGGGCCCUAUCAUCUGCGUUCUCAAAGAAGACCCCGAGGCCAAGGAAUCCCCUUAUCAGCUCGACAUCAUUCUGCUCGCGGAGGGCCAACUGCCUGCCGAGCUCACCAGCCGCGGCCUCCUGCUCCCGCAGCUUCCGGAUCAUCUCACGCCCAGGCCGGAAAGCCACGACGUACACUUUGUCGUCUCGACUAAGUCUGGUUUGGGUCACGCGCCAAAGUUCUGGGACGGCGUCGUUCAGCCUCUGAUCCUGCUUGCCGGCCAAAACACGACGUCUGGAGAUUUGGCAUCUACUUUCUCUCCAGAAGGACUAUCGGCCGCCCAUGGCCUGCCUUCCAGCUUCAAUGUCCUGAUAACGGAAGACGCCGACAGCGUUCGCAAAUUCGCAAAGGAGAGGUGGGCCGCCAGACGAGCCACCUCGAGCUCCGCCUCCUCGCCCCGGGCCGAGACCAUCGUUCUCCUCAGCGGCGACGGCGGCGUCGUCGACCUCUUGAACGGGUGCGAGGAGGAGGAGGAGGAGGAAGAGGAGGGGAAGAAGGAAGCAGGAUCAUCCACCGCCGCCACGACACUACCGACCAUCGCCCUCCUACCCCUCGGCACGGGCAACGCCUGCUUCCACUCCCUCCACAAGCCCCUCUACGUCGAGAAGGGGCCCUCGCACUUGGUUCUCGGCCUCCGCACCCUCUUCUUCGGCACCUCGCGCCCACUACCCAGUUUCCGCGCCUCCUUCUCCCCCGGCGCCCGUCUCAUCUCUUACACGGCCGACCCGGGCCCGCACGCGCCCCCAAGCGAGAGCGAGGGCGGUGGCGGUGGUCACGGUGACGACGAGACGGCGCUCUCCCGCCACGACACGAGCGUCGACCAUCUCUUCGGCGCCAUCGUCGCCAGCUACGGUUUCCACGCCCAGCUGGUCUGGGAGAGCGACACGCCCGAGUACCGCAAACACGGUGACAAGCGUUUCGGCAUGGUGGCGCAGGAGCUGCUCAAGGAAAGCCACGCGUACGUCGCCACAGUCGAGGUGCGGUCCCCGGGGGCGGCGAGGGGAGAGCAGAGGUGGAGGCGCGUGGAGCGCGAGAGGUUCGGGUACGCCCUCGCGGCCAUGGUGUCGAACCUGGAAAAGACGUUCACGAUCGCGCCGGAUAGCGGGCCGUUGCAGGGCAGGCUGAAGCUGGUGCAUUUCGGGGCCGUGGGCGGGGAGAAGACGAUGGAGAUCAUGAUGGCUGCGUAUAAGGAGGGUGCCCACGUGGGUAUGAAGUGGACGGAUGCGGAGGGGAGGGAGGAUUAUCUCGGGUACGAGGGCGCGGAGGAGGUUCGGGUUACGAUUGGGGAGUCGGAUCCGCGGUGGCGGAAGGUGUGUGUCGACGGGACGAUUGUUGAGAUUCCUGAGGGCGGGUGGAUGGCUGUUGAGACGCUGGGGAGGCCGCUUUUUGGGAUUCUUGCAGAUCGGUCGGUGGCGUAG